AUGGCUUCCAGAAUAAAAGAUUGGAUCUUGAAAAGGUUACCAUCGACAAACGAUGCUCAAAAUUUAAGAGGAAAUCAAUGUCAAAAAGCAAAAAUUUCAGAUUCACCUGUUAUCGAUACUAAAUUUAGACACCAGUUGUCAAUUGAUGAUGUACCAAAAUCUUCCAAAGCAUACGAUAGCGACGAUAGCCGUGAAGAAACGAGUAGAAGCGGUGGAAAGACUUGUACCCAAUGUGAAUCAGCAGAAGCUCCCAUAGUUCUAGAGCGUCGACAAGACACUACCAAAGCCAAGGAACAUGAUGAGAAAUGCAAAAUGGCUACAGCCGAUGGUGAUAUACAGGACUGGGGAAGAGAAUUCUCUUCAAGUAUGAUAUCUGGAUUUGUGCGGAGGUCUCCUCCUUUUUUGCAACGAAAAAUAUCUAAUGUUUUGCGGUCGCUGCCUCGCCCUAUCUCUAUAGAGUGUCCCGAUUCAAUACACACAUUGCCGAAGCUACCCAACUCGGCCCAUUCCCUCCAAGCGUACGAAUCUUUACCAAUGCCUGUACAGUCUGUGCAAAAUCAUAAACGGCACUCAUCUCGUUCCCCUACUUCAUACAUCGAUGUCUUAGAUGCGCAUGACAGUUUGAAAGGUGGACGAGGGAAUUCCAGGAAUCGAGCGAUGGCUGCUGGAGUAAGAAUUUAUGGGGAAAAUGUAGCGAAUCGAACUUUGGCCAUGGAGAAUUCUCAAGCAGAUCCUAGCAAUCCCCAGUUUAGCUAUUUGAGAUUGGGAUGCUAUGGUGUGGCUGAGACUGAAGGGUCUAAACAUUCUAGACCUAGGCUUCCGGAGUUUAUUCCUAAAAAUGACGACACAAAGACAUCACAACAAGAUCCAUCCUACAUCCAAAGUGUAUCAGAAUCGCUUUUUUCCCUUACCGGAUCUCCACCAGAGACGAUAUUGGAUGGCACAGCUCCUGAUAGUUAUGCAAGUAACUUCGAUCGUCAUCAAGGGGAUCUAGAAACAUUACCAUACAUUUUCGAAGCAACACAUUGCACUUCAUCAAUUCGAGAGGCUCGUCGUCGAGCAUUUGUUUUUACACAAUCGCAUCCAAUCCAUUCAGUAUCACGUCGUGAAGCAUCAAAUAUUAUUAAUUCGUCAAGUAGCACUUUUCCAAUGAAGGAGACACUACGAGCCAAUUCGGUGCGGGAUCGAGACACUUCCCAUUCAACCUCUACUACCACUUCGGCGAGGCACAACCACGAUUUGUCUUCAGAAAAUGGCGUUUCUGGUACUGUCUCUGACAGAACUCCUCGAUCAAUGCCAUUGCCAUCAAAGUAUACUCCUUUUCCUACAGACAAAAAUGUAGAAACUAAAGGCAAUGGAGACGACAUGCACGUUAACGGUACCAAAUUCCCCAUUGCAGAUGGACAGAAGCAUACGUCUACGUCCUCAUCAAUGCCUGAUCAUUUUGGGAUGAAUGGCUCAUACCUUAUUGGAGAACGGGCGGAGCCCAUAGGCCUUGAAGGUGUAGUAGAUCUUAACAAUACUGUGGAUACUACUGUACACGAAAAGGUUGCACCUGCUGUUGUUCAUGAACAUAUCUUGCCGACUUCACACGAAAUUAUAACGAAAGAAAUUCAUCGAGAAAUCCAUCAACAUCAUUGGUAUCAUCGAGUUCUUCCAGUUAUCGAUACCGAGGUCUUACCAGCCAAGCAUUACGUUUAUGGCGAUGAUGGAGAUACGCUGGUUAGAAUACCUGAAUCGAUGGUACGAGGCCAUACCAUUACAGGAACCUAUAGUCGAAACUGGUCAAUUGUACAUCAACCCCCACAAGCUCCAGCUGAAGAUCCCUUCAACUCACCACUGUUUGGAGUCGAACCAGAAUUACCAAACACAAAAUACACAACACACUUUCAACCAGACUCGAAAGGCGGGCUUCAAUGGUCUCAUGUACCCGGUGAGCCCGUUAAAGUCAUGGAACGAGAGUAUAUCACUGCAGAAGGUUUCCCCCGCAAGGAAACUUGGUGGAGGUAUCCACCUGUUAUGGCGACUGCCGCUCAGGAGGCCGGUCUAACAGUACCAAUGCAUUGGAAUCAUGUACCAGCUGGUAAAGAACAAACCGUUACACAAGCACCAGUAUCGACUCCCAAAAAGGAGAAGAAGAUUAAGGAACUUCGUGAUUUGGAACAUGCGCAAGUAGCUGAAUACAACAGCAUCGAUCACAUCGAUUCCAAUAUGCAAAAGGUUCGCGAGCAAAAACUUUAUGAUGGUCUUUCAGACUCGGAUUCUAAACAUGCCCGAGAGCUCAACGGUAUGCAAUCACGUUUAGUCCCAAGAAAACCAGUUGCAAAUCAACAAACAUAUGAAAGACCACCAACUAGAGAUUCAGGAUAUGGUGGUUUGGAUGGUUCUCCUUCAUCUGCUGGAAGAGGACCAUCGCAUUAUAGAGAUACCUCAGGCUCGAGUGUAUCAAGUCUACUAGGUAGAGUACGAGGCGAGGACGGAAUAAAGUCCACCCCUGUAGAUGGAGAAGCUACCAAAUACUUACAGAGAAUGAGAGAAAAGAGACGAAGUUCAGGUGCUUCUUCAGGCACUACCUCUAGGUCUUGGGGUAGAAGAAGUGAGGAUUUUCAAAGAGGUCCAAAUUUUACCUUGCCCGAGAGACCAAAAAAGCCUGAACAUCAUUUUGGUGCUCCAACGGCAUUGUAA